UUCAUUAAGUCACAUGUUAUUUGUCACGGAAGCGCACGAGGACAGAUGAGUAAAAGUAUUUACAUGAAAUCUACACAUAUCUUCAGACUCGACGUGGAAUCGGACGGCAGCAACCUGCGGCGGGGAGGCGACGACCCCCCCGCAGGGUUCCACCUGACUGAGAGAGUGUGAGCUUCACACUGGACAGAGGUGAGUCCGCUGCGAGUCCACUCUGGAACCAAAGACCAGGACGGACACCCUUUUCCCUCCCUGUGAUCAUUAAGUUAUUAAGAGAGGAUAAAUAGUGCGGACUUAGGAUCUGAUUUUAAAAAGAAGAAACAUACAAGCAAGACGCAUUUCUCUUCACUGAGGGAUCAGAGGAUGGUUUGCGCGCCCGGAGUCGCCGCGCAGAGGAGAAGCGGAUUCUAAUCCCCCCCCCCCCCCCUUCCCUGCUAACACCGUUAGUCGUUCCGUGGGGAGCAAAAUGGAGAACUACACCACGACUUGGAGUAAUUUCACCCAGGACCUGUCGGAGCUGGGCGGGACGGGCGCCGAGGGAGAGGAGGGCGACGGCGGCGGCGGAGCGAGCGGUGGAGUGCGCGUCCUCGUGGGCUGCGUCCUCUUCCUGCUCAUCGUGUCCACGCUGCUCGGGAACACGCUGGUGUGCGCCGCCGUGGUCCGGUUCCGCCACCUGCGCUCCAAGGUCACCAACUUCUUCGUCAUCUCCCUGGCCGUGUCCGACCUGUUCGUGGCCGUGCUGGUGAUGCCCUGGGAGGCCAUCACGCAGGUGACGGGCACGUGGCUGUUCGGGCGCUUUUGUGGGGUCUGGAUCGCCUUCGACAUCAUGUGCUCCACAGCCUCCAUCCUGAACCUGUGCAUCAUCAGCGUGGACCGCUACUGGGCCAUCGCCAGCCCGUUCAAGUACGAGCGCAAGAUGACUCACCGCGUGGCCUUCGUGAUGAUCGGGGUGGCGUGGUCGCUGUCCAUCCUGAUCUCCUUCAUCCCCGUGCAGCUCAACUGGCAUCAGGUCGGCGAGGAGGGUGGAGAGGCAAUGGGGGAAGUGAUGGAGAUGAUGGCGGCCGGCGGCAGGAAUUUCACCAACAGCAGCAACCUCAACGCCAGCGCCGCCGCCAGGAGCUGUGUCGCCAACCUGAACAAGACCUACGCCAUCUCCUCCUCCCUCAUCAGCUUCUACAUCCCCGUGGUGAUCAUGAUCGCCACCUACACCCGGAUCUACAGGAUCGCCCAGACCCAAAUACGCCGCAUCACGUCUUUGGAGAGAGCGGCGGAGCAGGCGCAGAACCAAGGCUACGGGGGGAACCGGAACCAGCAGCACCAGCAGCAGCACAGGCCCAACGAGGAAGCCUCGCUGAAGUCCUCCUUCAAGAAGGAAACCAAAGUCCUGAAGACCCUCUCCAUCAUCAUGGGGGUGUUUGUCUUCUGCUGGCUGCCGUUCUUCGUCCUCAACUGCACGGUGCCGUUCUGCGACCCGCCCUGCGUCAGCGACACCACCUUCGCCGUCUUCGUCUGGUUCGGCUGGGCCAACUCCUCCCUCAACCCGGUCAUUUACGCGUUCAACGCCGACUUCCGCCGGGCUUUCGCCACCAUCCUGGGCUGCAACCAGAUGUGCUCCAGCAACGCCGUGGAGGCCGUGAACUUCAGCGACGAGCUGGUCUCCUACCACCACGACACGACGCUCCACAAGGAGACGCUGGUGCCCGCGCAGCCGCCGCCGCAGCAGCCGGCGCAGCAGUGCUCCGUCAACGUCGUGUCGGAUCGACUGGAGGACACAAGCCCCCAGUUUGACGAGGAGUCGAUCAUCUCCAACGGCUCCCGGAGCCGGAGCGCCAGGCUGCCGCUGCUGCCCGCCACCGUCCAGCUGGAGGAUGACCCGGAGGUCUCCUUGGAAACGAUCACGCCGUUCACCUCGGCGAUGGGGCUGGAGAGUGACGCUCUAUUGCCCGGACAAAUCCAACAGGAUGAAUAGGACAGAACGCGCAUUGGGCUGGCGGCCAUGAUGAAACAGGAAGUUAAGCUGUGUUGCCUUCAAAAUAAAAGCAUGAACUUAAAAAACGAACUGCAGGCACAUUUAUUCCCUCUUUCUUUUUAUUUCGUUUGAAAUGAUGGAGGACUUUAAAACCAAGCUCCUCUCGGAUGUCUGGUAAAAGGCUUCAAAUGAAAUGCCAACUUCACGAUUUACUGAUUUAUUUAUGUGACUACUGGACUGUUUUGCCCCGUUUUUUUGUGUUUUUGGUUAUUUAAGUGGAAGCAUAUUUAGUUUAAUUCAAUUAGACCCACAGAGUAAACAAGAGCCACAGAUCUUCACUGCUCCCACACUGUGGUUGAAGCUGAUGAAACGGUCCCAACUGACGGCACAGUAGCAGAAGCGUAGCAUCUGUCCCCCCCCUCAGGUCAACACUAACGCUAAUCCUGUCCGCUCUCUUGUUGUUGUUUACCUUGUUGUGGCUGUUAGCGUUGUUGUGAGCAGGAGGCUCUUUGAGAGGCAACUGAAAUGCUCCCAAUCUGGGCACCUUUUGAAUAAGGAUUUUCUUGCAUACGUGGAACCUCAUUAAAGUGAUUACACCGAAGCGCCAAAUGUUUCCAAACUAUUCCAUUCCUGCGCUCUCAAACUUCUGCUGUUUACUUGUAGAAAAGUUUAAAAGAAUUUUGAAGGUCAGGUUUGAAGUUGAAAGUGUGAGACAUCAAGCUGCGCCUGUGACAUCAGUCAUGUCAAACUGUGACAUGAAGGCCCGGAAUGGAUCAGAGCUGUCAAUAUGUACCGAGAACCAUUCACAUCACGUCUUUCUUUCAGGUCUCUUACAACACAAUUCAUUCAUGCAUUGUUGUUAAAUAUAAUUUCUCAGGUUUUCAUUUGAAUGUAAUUUAACCCCAAAUUAAAGGGAACUGUUGUUGUGCUGCUGUUUUGUUCCUGGUAUUACAGUGUUUGGGCACCGUUCACGUCGUUCUUUGGCUCGUUUAUGUGCAUUAAGGACAAAUACAAAUCUAAUUGAAUUAGCAUGUCAAUAUGAGGGCAACCUGCAGACAUUUGGUACAAGCUGUGCUGUUCCACUGAACACAAUCUAUUGGGCGUGAAGGCGGAGUCGGGUGGAGGACGGAGGACAGACACACAACCAGCCAAUGUCAAAGAUCCGCUUCGGAUGUUCCACACGCUAUUACACAGGAAAUGUGCUGUUGUUGUUCAUUCAUACCUGUGGCUAUCGGGCUGAAGUGCAAAAUUCUGAACAUGCUCCUUUAAGAUGAUGAUGUUUGCAACAGGUUAGUAGUUCAUACGGCACAAGCCUCACGAUGUAAUAAAGGACUGUUGAAAAAUAAACCU